AUGACGUCUGUGGACUUUAGAACCCAUCAUAAGUCAAAAACCCGCGGAAAUCAGGAAAUGAUUAAUCAAUGGCAGAUGAAUGGAAGUGACUACAGACAGUCGUUGUCAGACGCGUCGCGCUUUGACGGCACAGAAACCAGAUUCAGUGCCUGGACGCCUGUGACAAAUAAAGCAUGUAACCAACAGCUUUUUCAGGAAAGAACAAGUCUCAUCCUCCAUUGGUUUGAUCUGUGGACGGACCGACAAAGAAAAGAAUUUCUAUGUCAGCUGCUGAAAAGAUGCUCCAAAACCCAGCUCAAAUUCACCAGGGAUUGUUUGGCAGAAUCAGUCCCCAUCACUCAAAUGGACUUCACAGCUGUGCUGCCUCGCUUUCUGUCUCUCUACAUCAUGUCCUUCCUCAGUCCUCGAGACAUCUGCUCUGCAGCACAGGUGUGCUGGCACUGGAAAUUUCUGGCAGAGCAGGACUGUCUGUGGUCUCCAAAGUGCAUCCGCCUUGGCUGGUUUCUUCCCUACAGCCCUUCAGAUCAUGAGUAUGGGGCGUGGAAAAGACAUUAUGUGGCUUGUACCGCCAGUUUAGAUAUUCUGACUCCACGGGAAGCAGCAGGUGUCUAUGGUACCUUGAAUGAGAGUUUGACAGCACCAGAGGAGCAACAGGAUAUAUGGAGAGAACACAAGAUAAGACAAACUAUCAGACAGAAGGUAGCAGAGCAUAAAAAGGCUGCUUUGAAGACCAGGAGGGCAUGGUUAAACACCAGCAAAUUGGGCACAUCAUUUACUGGAACCAUUCAUAAGCCACUCAGUCUUACUGCUGCUCUUGUUCAAUUUGGGGACAAGUGUCGAUUGAAAAGUUCACUCUCUAGUGUGGAUAUAAGAGAACCACGGCUUGAUUUAAGCUUGAAUAACACUCUUGGGAGCACCAGUUUAUUGAAAACUAUGAGUUCACUAUUCAUCCAGCCAGUCAAGUCUUCCUAUAGACCUCUUCCUCAUUUCCUGCUUGUGUCAUCUAGCGUUCCUGGAUAUGAACUGCUUCUGGCCGCGGUGCAAGUGUCUGUGGUGGUUUUACCAUAUGACUCACAAGGAAUGACCUUGGAGGCUUUGCUUUCUCUGGCGGAAAGGGUGAUCCAAGGCAGGAUGGUGCAAAGUCUCGGCAUUCUGGUGACAGGGAGCACAGAAGAGAUAACUCUCACAGAUGGGCUGAGCAUUAAUGAGAAGACAGUGCUGAAGCCGUGUGUGAGGAAGUUCUGGGAGAAUCUGUGUGGUUGGGUAGUUCCUGCUUCAGAAGGAGGGAGUCUGAACAUCUUUGCUCCCCUGGCAGCUUCUGGUGCAGGGAUGGAUCUGAUGAGGAAGUUGUCCAUUUUGACUGGUCUGAAUGUCAGAGCUCCCACAGGGAUCUGUACGGGUUCCUACCAGCACAUUUUCAGUGAGUGGUCUGGGUCUGGUGAGUUUCCUCCACUGGUGUACCUGCAUGAGAGCCUCCUUCUGAGCUGGUGCAGACAGGCUGAAUGGAUAGAGGAAGCCUGUAAGGACCUGCGGAAACAGCUGGGGCCACAGCUGCACUUUAUGUGUCAAGAGAUCAGAGGCCGCAUCCUGGGUCUGUUCCUCUGGGAUCAUAUAAAGAUGCCUGUCAUUUCCCUUAAAUCAGAGGUCAUGCAGUGUUUGGUUCAUGGGCUCGUGGCCCUGAUGAAUGAGACUCCGGAUGAUCCCUUAGACUUCUUGGGACACUUUCUACUCAAGUCAUCAGUCAACAGUGGUUUGAAGAACAUUGACCCACUGUUUCUAACAGAAAGUGCUUCCUUUAAUGGCCUCAGUCCAGAAUCUCCAAAGGGCUUGUCAAGUGAUGCAGAUAGACGCAGUGAUUUGUGCAAAGAGCUUUUAAAUAGUGAGAAAACAUACGUGAGACAACUUCAAGCGGUGGCCACAGUGUACUACACACCUCUCAGAGCGGCACUGGACUCCAACCGAGCCAUCAUCAGCUCAGUCAGUCUCAUCACCAUCUUCUGCCCUCUGCUGGACGUUUUGGAGACAAACAAGUAAAAUACUUCCCGUUUCCACAUCUACAUUUCUGUUUCUAUUUCUGUUACUUUCUCAUUUGACUUAGACUCUGCUCUUCACAGUGUUUUUCUGAAGGAGCUGACGGAGAGGUGGGAGGAGUGGGGUCCGCUGCAGUGUGUGGGGGAUGUUUGUGUCAAGUUUUGUACCAAGCUACGGGUCUACACUAACUUUUUCAACAACUAUGCUACCAUUCUAAAAACGAUAGACAAGUCCCGUGAGAUGCUUCCUGUUUUCCGCACCUUUCUGAAGAGACACAACCGCACUGUUGCUACCAGAAUGCUGAGUCUCCAGGAGCUGUUUCUCACACCGUCCGCACGAGUGGAGGAGUAUGUGACUUUGCUUCAGGCAUUAACACUACACACCCCGUCUGAGCACCCGGACUACACACAGUUAUCAUCUGCCCUCAACUCACUGCUGUCUUACAGAGGCUUCAUCCAUAAGUUGAAAAAGAGUCUGGAUCGAGACUUGAGAAUCAUGGAGGCACAGAGCACAAUCCAAAGCUGCCCAAAUUUGGUGGAGGAAAGCAGAUACUUGAUCACCAGACAGGAUGUGGCAUUACUGAGCUGCCUUAAUGGAGACAUUGCUGCCUCUCUCAGGAUGUAUGAGCAUGUGAGUGACCUGGGAUUGUUUCUGUUCAAUGAUGCUCUAGUGCUGACCGAGAGGAGUGGGUCAAACGUGCCAUUUUGUCUGGCAGUGAACACGACUCACACCUUUCUGGCCUCUGUGGCCCUUCACUGUCUAAAUCUCACAGAACUCACAGAUACAAAGUAUGUUCGAAACACUUUUCAGCUGGAGAGCCCAAAGCGCCAGUGGAUCUGUGCUACAGACAGAGAAGAGGACAAGAUCAGGCUGCUGUCUGCUUUACGCAGUGCUAUAAAAGCUGCUAUAACACGUAACUAA